AUGGUUGGAAGCAAGAAGACGAGAGGCAAAGCUGCCACGAUGGCUAAAUCCACGACGGCCCAAAGCCCUUCCACCCACGAUCCCGCGAUCGACAUGGUGGCACCACCACCUCUCACCACCGCACCGGCCGCCGCCGCCGAACAUGGUGGAACCUCCCAUCAAGGUGGGCUCAUUACUACCACCGACUUAGGCCCGGUCUUGGAGCAACUUCAAGCGUUCCCUCCAUUGCCUUCACGUUCGACGCACGCUCCCGCAUACACCUCCAAUGAAACCCUAGCCCGUGUGCAAUUGGGCUCCACGCACUUCUCUCAUCCAGAUCCACGAAAUCAAGCAGACCUCAGUCUGAGAGUUGACGAGCUAGGUCAGAGAAUGGAUGACCAAAGCAAUCUGAUGAGGCAACUCCUCAACCAAAUAAGCUUGGCUCAAAACCUUGGCCUUGGACAACUGGGCGAAGAGAGAAGGAUGGACGACCGCACCGGUAGGGAGCUCGACGGGUAUCAAGCAGGUCGAGCAGGAGUGAGCAGACAAGGCGAGGGACAACAACGUGAUCGGCCUGCCGACAUGUCGCAAGCAUCUGCAAGCUACACUCAGAGCAGAUCAAGCUUAAGGAACAACGUGCGCGAAAGGCUGGGGCCACAACUUGACAUCCGCACCCGCUUGGACCCACAAGGAAAUAUACAUAAAAGGCUAGGCCUCCAAGGAGGUCAGCCAGGCAACCAUUGCAGCGAGGAUCAUGAAGAAAGGCGCCCAGCUGUCCACUCACAGAGGAGCAUUCAUGAAAGGCUAGGCCCCCAGGGUGGUCAGCUGGACAACCCUCACAAUGAGGACUAUGAGGAAAGGCGCUCUGCUACUCACUCUCGAAGAGUUGAUUCUCGUCGACAAGCUACAAAAAAUCCUUCGCAGGCGCAGUCCACCAACACGCCGCCUAGGCAGCGCAGGUGA